GUUAAUUUUUGUCGUCUUCUGGUAGACAUUUUGAUCUUACAUCGCAUGUUAUGGUUAUGAGUAUUUAAUUCUACGGAAAUUGAAUAGUAUCUUCAGAAUCUUUGCAAUUGUUGAUACAUGCUAUGUAUCAUUUAAUGGAUUGAGGAAUCUCGUUAUGUUCUUCUGGAAACAUUAUUGUAUUUGUUAUUAAUAAACACAAAUAAGCAUGCUGAUUUAACUUUGGUUAUGAAUGAAAGUAUAACUUUCUCAUUCUGUCUCUUAGUCUUUUCAUUCUGAAAUGGUCAGUCUUGCCAGAUAUUUAAAUACGUCGGGUAGUGCAGCUGGAAUGUUUGAUGCAUCUUUAAAUAUGGAUGUCGAUGAAUUUUUUCAACCUGUAUUAUCUUCUCUGGAAGAACAUCAUUUUAAAAAACUAGAUACAGUACCAAUUGCAUCUGUUCCUGUUGUUGUUGGUAUGUCUUUAGAGAUUAUAGGAAUCAUAUUUAUGUCGGUAUGGCCUGAGGAAAAAAGCAAAUGCGACACUUACUUUAUAUAUCUGUAUCUUCAUUGCGCUUAUUGGUUGCUAGUUAUGUUGUGCGAUCAUUUGCUAAGGGCAAAGCAUCAUUACUUACGUAUUUAUGGAUAUCUUGAAUUUUAUCAAUCAACCUACCAACAAAUAAGGGUACCUCUUUUCAUAGUAUCGUUAUGGACAACUUGUUAUUUGUUACUAGCAGUGAUUCUUCAUCACACCCAUAAAAGUAAUUACGAAGAAUUCUGUCGUGCAUCAGAGUGGUUUACUCCUCUGAAUUAUAUAGCAGUUUUAACUACAUUGGAGCUUGCAUUAAUUGUACCUGUCUAUAUAAAUUAUAUCAGAAAAGUUCAGAGAUUCAAUUGGAGGCAUCCACCACCCGAUGUUACUCGGGAGGAAUGGUUGUCUUCUUUUACCCAAGAAACGUAUUCAGGUAAUAGUGAAGUUAGUUUGCAUCCAGAGAGAUCGAAUUUGGAGGAACUGCUCGAAAAACAAGCAGAUUUGAUUAGAUAUUUGAGAGAUCACAAUGUUAAAUUAAGUCAGAGAAUGAUGUUAGUGGCAGCUCGGGAGAGAUUGACCGAGUCGUGUCAGGGCCAACCUUAAGUUGGCUACGUGCAGUAAGACGAGAUAACAUUGAAUGCUAAUUAUUUUAUUAUAUUCGACUAUACUGGUUGUUUUAAUAUUUCACAUAGAUUGUAUUUACUAAUAAGAAGAGAACAUUUUUUUCACAUCUAAGCUUUAGAGUGUAGCACUAAAAAACAUCUGUCUUCAUCUUAUUCAGUCGUUUGCAGUACAUAUUCUGUUAUGAUAUUUAUAUCGUUUCUAAUUCCAUGCAGGACCGGUACCAAUAUUACACUAGUAAUAUGUAUUUAAAACUUUCCUGUUAUGAGUUUUGCAUAGGAAUUUGAUAAAAA